GUUAAAUCUACAGCUAAAUCUCUAUAAAUUCAUCAACGACAAUAAAAACACAUUAAACAUCGCAAAAUUCAAACGUUUUUCAUUUCCAAAAUCGGCAAGUUCUUCAUUACAUAUAAAUAAUCUUGGAUACAAGAUUGUAUAGCAAAAUGGUGGCAACGAUGGUUCUUGCUUCUGGUAAUUUGAUGAGUAGUACUGAAUAUUGUAAAAGAUUCCUGAUUGCCCGUUUGCAGAUCAAUAAGAACAUCACCACCAUCGGCUUCCAUGGUCAGCCGUUGCAUGUUGGUGGCACCACCGCAAGCCGCCAAGCACGAAAACACUUUUUGGUGUACAGUUCUCGUCAACCAAGGAAUCCUCCUCCUCCAACUUCGUGGCAACAAUGGAUUUUUGGACUAAUAACUACGGUGAUCGUACCAUUUUUCAGUAGAAAAUGGAACCAGAUAUUAAAAAUUAAAGACGGAGUUGAUACAGUGAUUGAGGAAACAGAGAAAAUAGCUGAUUGUGUCGAGGAAGUGGCGGAGACUGUGGACAAGGUGGCAAAAGACGUGGCAGAUCAUCUUCCAGAAGGUGGACAAUGGAGAAAUGCUGCAGUCUUCGUUGAAGGUGUGGCAGAGGAAAUAGCAAGAGAAGCUCACUUGGUUGAAGAUUUUCUCGAUAAGGUGGAAGAAGUCGAAGAGAAGGCAGAGUUAUUGUUCGAAUCGGUCAAUGAUCAAACCAAGAAUGCUCAUGAAGAUCUUAAUACAAGAUGAUUAAA